UUUAUGUUAAAGUCGUUAUAUGAUUGGUUGAUACCAAACAUAUAUAAGUAGUGUUUGGGUUAAAGCGCUUCCACUCAUCACUGAAUUGUUGGACUAAUUGUUACGUUUUGUCAAACAAUUUGUGAAAACUAAUUGUCAUUCAAUUGAUUCAAUCAAUUAAUAUAUAAAUACUCAACAUUUGAUCCAAAGACAAAAUGCGUGAAUGUAUAUCAAUACAUGUGGGACAGGCAGGCGUUCAAAUUGGUAACGCCUGUUGGGAACUGUAUUGUCUCGAACAUGGCAUUCAACCCGACGGCCAAAUGCCAAGUGACAAGACUAUUGGCGGCGGCGAUGACUCAUUUAACACGUUUUUCUCGGAGACGGGCGCUGGUAAGCACGUGCCACGAGCUGUUUAUGUCGAUCUUGAACCCACUGUUGUGGAUGAGGUUCGCACCGGUACCUAUCGUCAACUAUUCCAUCCCGAACAACUCAUUACUGGUAAAGAGGAUGCGGCCAACAACUAUGCUCGCGGUCACUACACGAUUGGCAAAGAGAUUGUGGACUUAGUCUUAGAUCGGGUCCGAAAACUGGCCGAUAAUUGCACUGGACUUCAAGGCUUUUUAAUUUUCCAUAGUUUUGGUGGCGGAACCGGUUCUGGAUUUACAUCACUAUUAAUGGAGCGUUUGUCCGUCGAUUACGGAAAAAAGUCAAAACUUGAGUUUGCAAUAUAUCCGGCACCUCAGGUAUCGACUGCAGUGGUUGAGCCAUACAACAGCAUUUUGACGACACAUACCACUCUAGAGCACAGUGACUGUGCUUUUAUGGUCGACAAUGAGGCUAUUUAUGACAUUUGUCGCCGUAAUCUCGAUAUUGAACGCCCGACUUAUACUAACUUGAAUCGUCUUAUCGGUCAAAUUGUGUCCAGUAUUACAGCUUCUCUUCGUUUUGAUGGAGCACUUAAUGUCGAUUUGACUGAAUUUCAGACUAAUUUAGUCCCGUAUCCACGCAUUCACUUUCCUCUUGUAACUUAUGCACCGGUGAUUUCUUCUGAAAAGGCAUAUCACGAACAGCUGACUGUUUCCGAGAUUACCAAUGCUUGCUUCGAACCGGCCAAUCAAAUGGUCAAAUGUGAUCCAAGACAUGGCAAAUACAUGGCGUGUUGUCUUCUAUAUAGAGGUGAUGUCGUGCCAAAAGAUGUGAACGCAGCUAUUGCUGCCAUUAAAACCAAACGUAGCAUUCAGUUUGUCGAUUGGUGUCCGACUGGUUUCAAAGUUGGCAUCAAUUAUCAGCCGCCAACUGUAGUACCCGGCGGUGAUUUGGCCAAAGUUCAGCGCGCAGUGUGUAUGUUGUCCAACACGACUGCCAUAGCCGAGGCCUGGGCUCGACUCGACCACAAGUUUGAUCUGAUGUAUGCCAAACGUGCUUUUGUUCACUGGUAUGUUGGAGAGGGUAUGGAAGAGGGAGAGUUCUCUGAGGCCCGCGAAGACUUGGCUGCACUCGAGAAAGACUACGAAGAAGUUGGACUCGACUCUACCGAAACCGGUGACGACGAGACCGGAGAAGAAUUUUAAAUGUUUGCCUCAACUUUUAUAUAAGGAUUUUAUA